UGCUGCUCGUUGGAAUGCUGCCCAUGAGUCCGCAAGGCAGGCUGCUGCACGCCGAGUUGCUGAAGAGACCGCUGCCCGGGAGGCUGCCGAAGAGGCUGUUGCCCGUUGGGCCACUGCCCGCGAGGCCGCAAGGCUGGCUGUUACUCGCAAGACCGCCGGGGAAGCAGUCGCCCGACAGAAUACCGAGCAAACUCCCACCCUUCAGGCUGCCAAGGUGCUUGCCGAAGCAGCCUCUCGUGGGACUACCUCGGAAGCGUCGCUCCAGGAGGCCCCUUUCAAGCAUUUGGCGUCUCUUCAGCAUCCUGCCGUGCAUCUCCCCUCCCAGAAGUCCCCCCCUUGUGACGCCGCCUGUGCUGUCCCUCCACCCACCCGGUCUUCGGUGUCUCCGGUUGGCCUGUUGACACCGGCCCUGGAAGCUACUCCUCCGGUGGCUGGCCAAUCAUCUGUGCCCCCUUCGAUGGACGGGUCAAGUGUCGGGACUCAUCACCUCCCCUCGGAGACGGCCUCAUCAAGCGCCGCUACUUCACAAGCGGCCUCGCCCCAGCCACCAUCCAAUGGUCUUGCCUCCGACUCCUCUCAGUCCUCGGCCACGUCGACCGAGCCAAUGCCUCGGGCUGUCGCGGCCGCACCGGCCGCGCGGUUUGACGAGGCUCAGCCGACGGUCGUGUCGCACAUCCACCCUGCGGCCUCCUCGACAAGGGCGCCCGGCAGCAAGGCCCAUGGUACCACGCCUGUUGCUGCUUCUGGCGGCGUUGUACCUCCCACUGCUCCGGCUGCCGGUACAGGCCCAACCCCAAGCACGGCCUCCGUUGUGCCCUCGGAUGACACCUCUCGAUCUGUCCUUCCACCAAUCCCCCCAACUGGUGCUGCUGGUGCUGUCAUGCUGGUGGAGGCGCCGGCUCCAGCCUCCGCAGGCGCAUUGCCAGCCUCUGUGCCAGCCAUCUCCACGCCUGCCGUGCUCCCUGCGGUCGUUGUGCCCGCUGCCGCCGUUCGGCCUGCAGCCCCUGUAGCGGCGGCUCCUUCAGCGUCCCCGUCGCCAAGGGCCGCCUCGAGGGAGGCCCCAGCUUCCCCGAGCGCCUUGUCAAUGUCAAAUUCAGCGAGUGCCCCGGCCGUGGUUGCUCCCAUUCGGUUGACCGUUUCCACUCCCACUCCCGUCCUGGCGGCGGUGCCCGCGUUGCCGGUGAUUGUGCCGGCGUCUGCCAAUGCAGCUGCUUCGUCUGCGGCCAGUUCCCCUCUGCGCGAGGUGGUGUCCCCGAGGAUCUCGAUCAAGCCCCUGCUGGCCACCCAUUCGGCCACAGGGCCCUCGCCCGUGCUCAAGAUCCAAACCGGCACCAAGCGCGCCGACCACCCCGCGCCGGAAUCAGGCAGCCCGAGCGCCGAGCCGAUCCUUGUUGUGUCCCGCUCGCGGUCCCCGUCGAUGCUUCCGUUGCGCAUUUCCAGCGGCACCGGUACCCUGGCGGCGUCUCCCGAACGCCUGAGCGUCUCAGGCGCAAAUGCGCCAGGCGUGCCGCCCUCGCGAAUGGCUCCCUUUGACCUCGGGGUCGCCGAUCUGCGGCCGGCCAUGGGGUCGGACUUGGUGAUUGACUUGUCCUCCACUUCCGCGCCAUCGGCAGCCGAAUGGACCGCCCGUGCCGUGUCGGACCGCCAGGUCGGGACGGGGACCAGGGCUGCUCCUGGCAAGGCUUCUUCCGAUUCACCGGUCACGGUGAUCCCUCGGGCUGACAAGCGUUCCCGGUCUCCACCCGGGGGCAAGUCCGCCCCCGAGGGUGUCGCCAUGCCUCCGGUCAAGCGCUCCAAGACCCAGGCACGCAUCACCGUGUCCACCGGGGCGCCACAGCAAAUCACCGUGCUCUUCUCCUCGCCGGCGCCCGAAAGGUCGGCAUCUACGGGCUCCCCCAUGCCGCCACUGGUCGCAGUGAAGCCGAUCGCCAUGCCUGCCCCCGGCACCGCCCCUGCCGGCCCUGCCCCUGCCACCACAGAUGUCACGAUGACCGAGGCCCUCCUCUCCUCCGCCUCAGCCAUGGCGCCCGGGCCGUCCUCCCCCCCCUCCUCCUCCCCUUCCUUCCCCUCCUCCCCCUCCUCCGGGUCUUCGGCGGUCGAUUCGAUCACAACUUCGGCCAGUGAGGUGGCGUCCUCUGUGGCCCAAGUGCCACCGGUUGCCGAGUUGCCGGCCGGCGAGCAGUCUCGGCGUUUGGGUGACCCCGGGCCGCAGCACCCGCUGGCACACACGGACCCCCGGAAUCGCGUGGUGCACCCCUCCCGCGCCGGGUCCGGCAUUUAUGGCCUGUCCUCGCCAGCCAUGCUGGCUGCCAGGGCCACCGGGCAACAGGGUGGCGCCGGCCCAGGCCCCGGAGCAACCGUGUCCAGCCUUCUGCCCCUGGCGGCUGUCUCUUCACAAGCGGCUCGCAAUGCGGCCGUCCAUGCGGAGCUUUUUGCCCGGUCGAUCUUGCGGCUGUGCGCUCCGGACACGGCCCCGGCGCAGGCGGUAUCGCCGGACUUCCGGUCGAGCGCCGGUCUCGAGGCCGGGGCCGCCGAUGCGGGGACCUUCCGGGCUGUGGCGGCCAGUGUUGGCGGCCGGGAUACCGGCCAGUCGGCUCGGACGUACCCGGUAGUCCGGCGAAGCGCGCGCCGGGCAUCGGCCCGCUCUUCCAUUGCCCCGGCGAUCAGCCUGAUGCCGAAGUUGGAGCCGCCGAGUGUGGACCCGCAGCACCUGCUGGCUCAGUAUAUCUCCGACGACGAGGACUCCUCCACGGCGUCGGAUUCCUCUCAGUCUGAUGAUGCAUACUCCUCGCAGGACCGAGCAUCCUCCCCAGACCUUCCGGCCGUUAGUUCGGAUGACGGGGUGGAUGACGUCUCCUCAAGUGAUGAAAGUGACUCCUCCGCCAGCAGUGAUGACGCGACCACCGAGGACGAUGCUGUUGGCUGGCCUCGGCCCCGGCGUGGUGGCGAAAAGGGCCCCGCAGCUGGGUUGGGGGCGGUUUCCCAACGUCACAAUGGGGACAUCGGCUCUCGGGGCCCGGGGCAUGGGUGUUCGCGUGCCACCAAGCGCCUGAUCGCGGCCACGCAGGAGCUUCUUCAGCGCGAGGCCAACAGCCUCGGCGGGGCGUCGGUUGGUCUGACUGCCAGCCCGACCUCCCGUCUCAUGCGUCAAAUUGCUCGGGCCCAACGAAAGUCCGCGGCUGCCGCGGUCGAGCAUCGCGAGGCCGGGGACACGUCCUCCAGCCCGGUGGUCCCUCUGCCGGCCGUGGCCCCAGCCGUGGACAACCAGCUGGCCAAGGAAAGUGUGCUGAAGGUUGGCCGGGCGUGCCUGUGGACCGGAUGCCGGCGGCAGCUGUCUUCCUUCAUGGAGCUCAUGGCGCACAUCAUGAAUGACCACGACACGCGGUCGCCCUUGUCCUCGUCCACCUCCCCGACCCCCACUGCGAGCGCCUCCUCGGCCCCGGUGGCCGGCAACACGUCCUAGCAUGUCGUGUAGAGCGCGCGGAUCCCUUUCCCUUUCACCUCCCCCCUCUGCUCGGCCUCCUCUCCAUACACACAAGCCCGCUUCUCAA